AAGAAAUAGUCAUUCUGCCAGUGCCAUUGCGGUGGUGAUCGGUUAUUGGUGAUGGUGUGCAGUCGACUCUUCAGUCUUCGUCAUCACCCAUAAAUCAACAGCUUCAUAUUUUAGCGAGUCCAAGUUUGUUUGGAAAGAUGGGUCGGCUAACGAUUUUAUGCGGCUUGCUGUUUCUGUUAUGCAAUUUGAAACCAGGAAUUUGUUCUGCAGCUGAUCAGUUAAAGGGUAAAUUAGAUGGGAGAGUGUUGGAGUUGGACGAAUCCAACUUUGACUCCGCUAUUUCCUCUUUCAGUUACAUCCUCGUCGAUUUCUACGCUCCCUGGUGCGGCCAUUGCAAACGCCUUUCACCCCAGUUAGAUAAGGCUGCCCCAAUUCUUGCUGGAUUAAAGGAUCCCAUAGUGAUAGCUAAACUAGAUGCUGACAAAUUCACCACUCUUGCUCGCAAAUACGAGAUCGAUGGAUAUCCUACACUCAAGCUCUUUAUACAUGGUGUUCCUGUAGACUAUCGUGGGCCAAGGAAACCGGAUUUACUUGUUCAUUAUCUCAAGAAAUUUGUUGCUCCUGAUGUCUCUAUUCUCGGUUCCGACUCCGCCAUUAGUGAUUUUGUUGAAGCAGCUGAUACUGAAUUUCCUAUAUACUUAGGUUUUGGCUUGAAUGAGACAGUGAUAUCUUAUUUAGCCAUCAAGUAUAAACAGAAGGCAUGGUUUUCUGUUGCUAAGGAUUUCUCCGAGGAUGCCAUGGUUCUGUAUGACUUUGACAAAGUUCCUGCUUUGGUGGUUCUCCAUCCAAGUUAUAAUGAACAGAGCACUUUCUAUGGUCCAUUUGAAGAUGAAUUUUUGGGUGAUUUUAUAAAGCAAAAUUUGCUCCCUCUAGCUGUGCCCAUGAACCAAGAAACACUGAGCCAAUUAGGAUUCGAUGAUAGAAAAAUUGUCUUAACAAUUAUGGAGGAUGCAAAUGAAGAGAAAUCCCAGAAAUUGAUCAAGUUAUUGAAGGCUGCUGCCUCUGCAAAUCGUGACUUGGUAUUUGGCUAUGUUGGAGUUAAACAGUGGGAAGAGUUUGCUGAUGCAUUUGGUGCCAAUAAGAAUAAAAAAUUUCCGAAACUGAUAAUCUGGAAUGGUGACGAGGAGUACUUUUCAGUUAUUGGUUAUGAAAGCCUUGAUGAAGAAGAUCAAGGGUCUCAAAUCUCACGAUUCCUGGAAGGAUACAGGGAGGGAAGAACAGAAAAGAAAAUGAUUGAAGGGCCAUCGUUCAAGGACCAUAUGAUGUCUACAAUCGGCAUCGGAGCUGUGGUUAUAUUCGUAUUCUUGGUUGCAUUGUUGAUGCUUAUCCGAAGCCUAUGCAAAGAUGAUGAUGAACCUCGUGGGGCUGACACUCGCCGAGACAUUGAUCAUGAUGAUAGCUCUGACGGUGAAAGCUCAGAUACCGAGCAUGAAGCUCGGAAGAAAGAAGAUUAAAAGUGUAGCAUGUCUUUGGAUGCUUUUGGAACAGAAUUACUGAUAAAGAGAUAAAAGCGAAACUACAGGUGUUCUCGAGGUUAUUUUAUAGCAUUUCAUCUGCUUACCGCAUGAAUCAUGCAAAGAGAAGAGGCC